CCAAGAACUGACAUUGGAGACAAAGGGUUCUCCUCUGUGGACAUGGAGGUGGACAAUCGAACCAUCCUGACUGAAUUCAUCCUGGUGGGCUUCUCAGCAAACCCUCGCUGGCAGCUGAUUCUAUUUGGAAUAUUUCUAACCAUCUACUUGUUGACACUGUCAGGGAACAUGAUGCUAGUUGUCUUAAUCCGUAUUGAUUCUAGACUACAUACACCUAUGUACUUUUUCAUCGGCAAUCUGUCAUUUUUGGAUUUCUGGUAUACUUCUGUAUAUACCCCAAAGAUAUUGGCCACUUGUGUCUCCGAAGACAAACGAAUUUCCUUGGCUGGCUGUGGGGCUCAACUAUUCUUUUCCUGUGUUGUAGCCUACACUGAGUGCUACCUGCUGGCAGCCAUGGCCUAUGACAGACAUUCAGCAAUUUGUAGCCCAUUGCUUUAUUCAAGCAUCAUGUCCACUUCUCUCUGUACUGGGCUGGUGGCUGGCUGUUACAUAGGAGGGUUUUUGAAUGCCAUAGCCCAUACUGCUAACACCUUCCGGCUAACUUUCUGUGGUAAAAAUAUUAUUGAUCAUUUUUUCUGUGAUGCACCACCAUUGGUAAAAAUGUCCUGUACAGAUACCCGUGUCUAUGAAAAGGUCCUUCUGGGUGUGGUGGGCUUCACUGUGCUCUCCAGCAUUCUUGCCAUCCUCAUUUCCUAUUUCAACAUCCUCCUGGCUAUCUUAAGGAUCAGCUCAGCCUCAGGAAGACGCAAGGCAUUCUCCACCUGUGCCUCUCACCUGGUCUCUGUCAUGCUAUUCUAUGGCUCCUUGCUCUUCAUGUAUUCAAGGCCUAGUUCAACCUACUCUCUGGAAAAGGACAAAGUGGCCGCCCUUUUCUACACUGUAGUCAACCCAUUGCUCAACCCUCUCAUCUACAGCCUGAGAAACAAAGAUGUCAAAGAUGCCUUCAGGAAAGCAAUACAGACAAUACGACCACAUGCAUGA